CAUCUGACAGAACCCACCCCUUUCUGAAGGAGAAUGUGGAGCCUGCAGCUGAAUCCUGAAAACCAGCCAUUUCCAGGAACUGAAACUGAAAGCUGCUCUGGCUGCAGGCCCCACCUCUCAGGAGAGGCUGCCAGGGCUCAUGCCUACAAGUGAGGAGUUGGAGCAAGGUCCAGAGUGGAGCAGGGUCUGAGAGGAAACCCAGGAGCCCAGGCUGCCCUUCAGCUGCCCCUCACUGUGAUCUCUUCCUCCUGACCAUCCCGGGCCUGGAUUCCACUUUUAUAAGGUGUUGUAAUAGGUUUGAAGAAGAUUAAAGAUCAUUAAGACUUGUAAGAGACCCACAAAGUUCAUGCCCACGGACAUAGACCUUCACACUGCAUAAAGUUGAAGGGAGAAAGAAGAACCAGAGGAACGCCAGUACAGAGGUCUGACUAAGGAGCCUUCACCCAGACAGCAUAGAGCGUCCCUUGGAUUCAGUCAUGAUGUGGCCAUCCAAGGUCUGGGAGCAUUUUACAUAUUUCAUAAACAUGGUAAAAUCCUUCAUCAUCAGUCCAUCGUCUAAAUCCAUCACUGCUAGUGAGUCCUUCUAUACCAACCAGAUCCUUUACUCUCAAGAAGUCAAUGAGAAAAUCGAGCAGGCAGUGAAAUCGGGGAACCUCUGGAAUGUGAUCUGUGUGGUCAGAUAUAUAAUACAGAAUAUGUCUAGAAACCCAGUAAGAAUUGCUAUGACUGGAGACUCAGGCAAUGGCAUGUCAUCCUUCAUCAAUGCCCUUAGGCUCAUUGGACACGAGGAAGAGGAUUCAGCUCCUACUGGGGUGGUGAGGACCACCCAGGAACCAGCACAGUACUUCUCCUCCAAGUUUCCCAAUGUGGAGUUGUGGGACCUGCCUGGCACAGGGGUCACAGCCCAGAGCAUGGAGAACUACCUGGAGGAGAUGAAGUUAGACAAUUAUGACCUUGUCAUCAUCAUUGCUUCUGAGCAGUUCAGUUCAAAUCAUGUGAAGCUGGCUAAAGCCAUGCAGAGGAUGAGAAGGAGGUUCUAUGUUGUCUGGACAAAGCUGGACAGGGACCUCAGCUCAAGUCCCCUCUUAGAACCCCAGCUACUGCAGAGUAUCCAAAAGAAUAUCUGGGAGAACCUGCAGAAGGAGAGGGUGAAGGAGCCCCCCAUAUUCCUGGUAUCCAACUUUGACCCUUUAUCACAUGACUUCCCAAAGCUUAGAGACACACUGAAAAAAGAUAUCUCCAAUAUCAGGUAUACAGAUUCCUUAGAGACCCUUUCUGGCAUCUGUGACAAGAGCAUCAACCUCACGUCUUCUCUGAAGAUAACUAUGAGCCACAUGUAUGGUACUGAUGACCUCCAGAAGAGCUUUGAAACCUACAAGAAGUCCUUUGGUGUAGACGAUGAGUCACUUCAGCAGUUGGCUCAAAGGACAGGGACACUGGAGAUGGGUUACCGAGCCAUCCAGUUCCAGGACUUGCAUAAGAUGGAUUGGAGGCUGAAGUUCUUGAUGUGUUUUCCUGUGGACAUGUUCUUCAAGUUUCUUGCAUACUGGUGGUGGUUUGGCUUGUGGAACUUUGUUGUCCGUAAAUUCAGACACCAGAGACAGAGGCUCAUCAUUGAAAUAGUUACUCAGGACACCAAGACCUUCUUGAGGAGAGUCCUGAAGGACAAUAUCUUCCCUACUGAAGUCCUUUGAGGAGGAUCUGACUUUACUCUCAAGUGAAAUUCAGGCUGCCUCAGAGUAUUCUUUUUCCUUAAGACCCUAGCCAUCCAAUAGAAAUCAAUAACUGUAGCAACUCAUUGUAACAAGACUUAGUAUUGUUAGAGAAGUUAAGAAAAAUUGUUCAUCUUCCCACACUCAACUCUAAUACACUGUUCCUUUAAAGAACAAGUAGCCGUCAAGAUAAUAAGCCAUGUUUUCCUAGCCUAGCACAUAGCUUUGAUGUUUCAGUUAGUUUCAUUGUGAUGCAUGUUUAAAUCAAAUGGUCCCCCCCCCAAACUAUUAAAGUUGCCUUCAUUAA